UGAUCGUUUUCAGAAUAGAAUAGACAGCAGCGAUUACGUCUGUAAUGGAGAGAAUUAUAAUCCGGCAUUUUGCAGGGCGCGCUCGGGUCCUUGAGUGUUGGCCAAAUCUAAACAACCCUGUGUGAGAAGCAAUGGAGUCGUGUGGGUGAGGGCUCACUAUUCAGUCCGAAGAAUGACAGGCUUGACAUAAUAUCUGGACUACAAAGCUGAGCUCCACCAGCAGUUGGUGGUUGUACUUAACUUAACCAUCCAUCAUUUUGGAUAUCUGUUUUGAAACUUACCAGCCCCAGCAACUACAAAGAGACAAUGUACUGCCUCCAGUGGUUACUUCCGGUCCUGCUUAUCCCAAAGCCGCUGAACCCAGCUCUGUGGUUUAAUCAUUCUAUGUUCAUGGGCUUCUACUUGCUUAGCUUCCUGUUGGAAAGGAAGCCAUGCACCAUUUGUGCCUUAGUGUUCCUUGCAGCAUUGUUUCUCAUCUGCUACAGCUGCUGGGGGAAUUGCUUCCUUUACCACUGCCAUGACUCUCCACUGCCAAACUCUGCACAUGAUCCCAACAUUGUGGGCACCUAGACUCCAGAUCCUCAAGGAACCUUCCUUAAAGCUUCUUGGACAAACCAUGGACAGUGUCUGUCUGUGAAUGAACAAAUUCUAAAGAAAAAUGCUGAGAAAUUUGCAGGUGAUCGAGAGCCUCACUGAAGUCACACAUUAAUUAAUCACAAAACUAACUUCUUGCUGUUAUUUUAUUUUCCAUUCUGCAAAGCAAAGAAGUCUUAAAUCUUGUCCAUGGGUUGCUUAAAGGGUUCUUCUAUUUUAAUCUUUCAGCCCAACUUUUCUUAAAUUAAGUGGAUGUUGAAAGAUUAUGAGCAUGUAUGAGUUUUAUUUUAUAAAUUUCUGUUCUCGUCAGUCAGUUUAAAUCCCACAGUGACUUCAAUGGUGGUGAAUGUCCAAACUGAGCAUACUACAGAACAAGGGUAUUGAAAGUAAUUCGGUUGUACAUUUGUGCAGCUCAGUUUGUUUAAAUGCUGUUGCAGCUUUUAAUUCAAUAAAGUUCAUAAUGUGCAAAAUGA